AUGCGCUCCUCCACCCUCAUCGCCGCGGCCGUACUCGCCGUCUGCGCCUCGGCGGUCCCCGCCCCGCUCCCUCAGCGGUCUGCAAAGAUCACAGCCCCCAAGGCCGGCGUCUACACCAUCCCUGAAGGCGGGACGUACUCCAACAGGAUGACCUGGGACUUCAGCAAGCUCGCAGACGGCGCAAAGAUCCCCGACGGCCUGCGCGUGAGCGGCUACCCCGUCAGCAACACGCACGUCUUCGCCGUGCAAAACACCUUUAUCAAGAACGGCUACCUCAACCUCAAGGUCGACGGCGGCCAGAAGGCUAUGCCAUACAAGUCCGCCGAGGUCGUCACCACCGUGACCAACAUCAAGUACGCCUCUGUCCGGACCGUCGCCAUCUUCACCGAAAAUCCCGGCGUCUGCAAUGGCAUCUUCUUCUACAAAAACGACAACCAGGAGACGGACAUUGAGUGGCUCUCAGACGCAGCAUCCCAGAGCAACGCCGGUAAACGCCAGGUCUGGUUCGCGAACCAGUCCACCGGCAGCAAGUCCCCAAAGUCCUUCAAGGCCGUGCCGCCGCCGGCGAACCCGACGUCUACCGAACAUGAGUACCGCAUCGACUGGCUUCCCGGCUCUGUCCGCUUCUUUGUCGACGGCGUCCAGACCUGGGAGACCAAGCAGAGCGUGCCCAGCGUGCCCGGACCUUGGGUCUUCAACAACUGGGCCAACGGAGACAAGGGCUGGAGCGCCGGCCCUCCGGCGAAGGAUGCCAUCUUCAGGAUCAAGGAGAUCGACAUGUACUACAACACCGCAUAA